CCUCCAUGACGACACCGUCGGCGGUGGCGGUGGCGACGAAUGCUAACAGCGCUAGCGGAAGUACUCCAGCUGGCACACACAACAACAACAACCAGUAUAAUGGUGGUGGUGCGGGUGCCAACGACAACAACAAAAUCAUCUCAGAUCCUUUGUGUCAUUUGCCGACCGGAAACACAUCCUUUGAACAAUUGCGCCGCAUUUCGUCUACUUCCGCUGCUGGUUUGGAGCUUUUGCGGGGAUACUCCAGUCAGACCGAAGAAAUUAAUCAGCUUAAAGCUUGGUACAUGAUUGCCAUAGUGUACAUAUAUAAUCGUUGGACGAAAAGCGAAAUAAAGUGCCUCGUUAAUGGACAAUUGGCGUCCAGUACCGAAAUGGCGUGGUUCGUUUCAACAAACGACCCAUUCGACAAAUGUUACAUUGGCGCAACGCCCGAACUGGAUGAGGAACGCGUCUUUUGCGGGCAAAUGUCGGCGAUAUACCUAUUCAGCGAAGCGUUGACAACGCAACAGAUAUGCGCGAUGCAUCGUCUGGGGCCGGGCUACAAGGUGAGUUAA